AUGGUAGCUCUCCCAAUCCCACUGAUACUGCACUGCUCACUCGUCUUGCAACAGGUCUAUUUCGUUCGUUACGACUUUGUCGAUGGGCUCGAGAACCCGUCUUCCCUCAGAUCGAACCAGCCGCAGUUCCUUGUAGCGCCAGUCCAGCAGCAGCCGGACUUUGAGCUGUACCCAUCGAAUGCCUACAGUCCAGGCGGCUACACCCCAGCCUACACCCCAGCCUACACCCCGGACUACACCCCAGACUACUGCCUCUCGCCAUCCUACCCAUCGCCCGCUUUGACAAACAAUGUUUCCUUCUCGGCAUCCCCCUACCAGUCGUUUGAGGGAGACUUUUCGAUGGUGGCUCCCGCCGGACUGGCGGUAACGGGCGUCCCUAUGGCAAGCCCAAUUUCGUUCGCCUCGUCUCCUGUGCCCGUCACGCACGCGCUGCCGUCACCGAGUCCGCUCCAGCCGCCUCGCCAAAUGCCACCUCCUGCGGCUACUUCACCUACAAAGCGCCGUGGUCGAAGCUACAUUUGCCCUCAGUGCAAUAGUAGCUUUACCCGCCCCGCUGACGUGAAGCGCCACAAAACUAGCGUGCACAAUCCAAACCACAUUGACUGUCCAGUCCCAGACUGCGGGCGCAAGGGAAAUUCGGGGUUUCCUAGACAGGACCACCUGACCGAGCAUCUACGCUCGCUUCACAAUUGGGACAUACCCAAGCGUGCCUUCACCGCCGGGACGAAGCGGGUGGUUAAGCGCCGGAAGUGCGACUAG